UCAGGUGUGGGUUUGUACAUGGAUUGUUUUUCCCUCGUUAACAGUCUGUGUGUUGCCAUAUUUACUGUGCGCUAUAGGAACUGUUGUCGUGUAUGGCAUUGAUAAGGUUUUAGGAAGAAUGCAGAUAUUAUGUUGAAGCAAAUACUUUCGAUUUCCUGCUUUAUGCUUUAAUGUUAAUGAGGUAGCUGGACUUCCUGUCUUUAGUUCUGUCUGAAAAUGGAAGUGAGAUUUAAAGGGGCGAAAGCAGACAUGGAAGAGAUGACGAUAUGGGAGCAGCACACAGUCACGUUAACGAAAGACUCCAAGGUUGGUUUCGGUUUUGCUGUGUCAGGUGGGCUAGACAACCCCAACCCAGUAAGUAGGGACUCAGCCGUAAUGGUCUCUGAUGUGAUUCCCAGUGGACCAGCCAUGGGCCGACUUCAAUCACGGGAUCAAAUAGUUAUGGUGAAUGGAGUUUCAAUGGAAAACGUCACCUCGAUGUAUACUAUUCAGAAUCUGAGAAAUUGUGGGAAAACAGCGAACAUUACUGUAAAGAGACCAUGCACAAUUCAGAUCCCUGUGAGCAACAGACCAACUCGUUCUGUCUCUCAAUCCAACUUACUAGACGAUGACAGACCCAAGGGAAGGGAUCGGCGUGGCUCAGAUACUGAUCGCAAUCGACGAGGUCGAAGUUUGACACCUGACCGUAAUGGUCACGACUUGCCUAUCAUGUCCGGCUUCAAAAGGCUAUCCAAUCAGGACAUGAAAUAUAAACCAAUCAGAGCGACCCUGAUCAAGAAAAAACCCACAGAUGAGUAUGGAAUGAAGUUGGGGAGCCAGAUCUUCAUUAAACACAUGACACCAACCGGUCUGGCCUCCAAAGAGGGCACCCUACAGGAAGGAGAUCUUGUUCUGAAGAUUAAUGGCAUAACGACAGAAAAUCUGUCCUUGCUGGAGACCAAACACCUGGUGGAGAAGUCUAGAGGUAAGCUGACCAUGCUAGUGUUGAGGGAUGACAGAAAGUUACUGGUCAGCAUUCCAGAGGUUGAGGACAGUCCUCAAAAUAGCGCAGACGAGAGACGAGAAGACAGUAGCUCAGAGUUGGAGGAAAUCUCAGAUCUGGAUUCAGAUGGCCCCACAAACAGAACAUCACGUCCAAAGGGUCGCCGCUCUCGCAGAAAUCGCGCUGAUCCUCUUCCGCUCUCAAAACCUUCAGAGUCUGAAUCGGAACGCAGCCACUCACCUUUACCAUCAAGGGUUCUCUCAGGGGUCUCCACACUGCCAAACCCUCGAGCUUCACCUGUCUCCCAGAUUUGGAACCCAUCCACUGCCUCACGACCUCGCAAAGCUGUUUCUGAGUCUGAUUCAGACCGGAGUGCCACCCCACCCCCCAGACGCAAGAGUCCCAGACCUGAGAAUCACUCCAGAUACAAGGUUCUCCCUGAUCUUCCCCCACCUGGUGUGAAGUCUUCCUCUAUUAUGUCUCAGGAUUUCCCUCGCCGCAUGGCCUCACCUUAUAGACCACCACCCAGAGAUGCAUCAGAAUCUGAAUCCGAUAAUAGUACUGAACCUCCUCGCAGACAGGGCACUCCGGCCAGUCAGGAGUCCCGCAGUAGAUACAGGGCAACCCCUGAGGUCAUGGCAGUCCCUCCAAUGGAACCCACAAAAUGGGUAAAACCCUCAAUGCCUGUAAAGAGAGCUCCCUCAGAGUCUGAAUCAGAUGUGAGUUACAACUCUCCUCCACGACCAAAUUCUACAGCCAUUAAAAACUUUAGAGCCAAACAGGGAGCAGAAAUGCAAGCGCCGAUCAUCAACAGAAGACAAGAGGCUCCACUCAGAGCAGCACCGGCCAGACCUCCACCUGAAGAUUCCUCUGAAUCAGAAAGGGCCCCCUCGCCUCCCAGAAGAUCAGACUGUCCCGGCCGCUACAGUGAUUACAGUUUCCCACAUGCUAAUGGCACUCUCCGCUCUAAUGUGUCCAUUCCCAACCACACUGAACUGAACUCUAAACCUGUAGAAGAGCCUUUGUAUUCCCUCCCACCAGAUGCAGUGCCUACGCCAAACCUGCGGUACAGUUCGGAUCAGAACCAUGUGGACUUUGUGAAGGAGGGUAACGUUGGGUUGAGAUUGGUGGGAGGAAAUGACGUUGGCAUCUUUGUUGGUGGUGUCCAAGCCAACAGUCCAGCCCAGAGGGAAGGCAUGAAAGGGGGUGAUCAGAUACUGGAGGUAAAUGGCGUGGACUUCAGCCACUUCACCAGAGAGGAAGCAGCUAUGUACCUCAUGAACAUCCGUGCUGGGGACCGUAUUGAUAUCCGUACUCAGAAUAAAAUGGACAUCUACAAGAAGAUCUUGAAGUCUAGCCUGGGUGACUCCUUCUACAUCCGUACACAUUUUGACCAUGUGGCGGAGAGCAACGUUGGCCUGAGCUUCACCAGAGGCGAGGUGUUUAGAGUGGUGGACACCAUGCACCGUGGGAAGCUUGGAACUUGGUUAGCUGUGCGCAUGGGCAAUGACUUGCACGAACUGGACAAAGGCACCAUUCCUAACCAGACCAGGGCUGAAACUUUGGCCAGUUUGGAGCAGGCGCAGAGAAUCAGUGCGGCCGAGCGCCAAGCCUCCGGCCCCAGAGCUGAAUUCUGGAAGCUUCGUGGUCUCCGAGGGGCCAAGAAGAACACCAGAAGAACCCGUGAUGACCUGCUACAGUUGACAAUUCAGGGCAAAUUUCCAGCUUAUGAGAAGGUCCUGCUGAGAGAGGCCAAUUUCAAGCGGCCUAUCGUCGUUUUGGGUCCUGUGAAUGACAUCGUCAAUGAGAAGCUGGCCAGAGAAAUGCCUGAUGAAUUUGAAGUUGCAGAAAUGGUACCCAGGUGUGGAAGUGGGAGUUCAUCCAGUGUCAUCAAACUGGACACAGUAAGGCGGAUCACAGAGCAGGAAAAGUACCCUCUGCUGGACAUCACUCCAACUGCAAUAGAGAGGUUGAGUUAUAUUCAAUACCAUCCCAUGGUGCUGUUUUUGGAUCCUCACAGUUGGAAAGAUGUGAAGGCCAUAAGGCAAAAAUACAUGCCAAACUCCAAAAAGAGCUCUCGACGCCUCUACGCUCAGGCUUUAAAGCUCAGGAAACACUACAGCCAUUUAUUUUCUGCACGCAUUGAUAUUCAGAAUAAUUUUAACAUAUGGUUUGAUGUUCUGAAAGACAAGAUUCGUCAGUAGCAGGAUAAACCAGUCUGGGUUUCAGAAGUAAUGUUGGAAAGAGGCGGCGACGAAGAGCUUGACGCACUGAGCCGCUCGCACAACGCUGACUACCUCAGCGGUGCCAGUGACUACGAGGACACUGACGGUGAGACUUUCACUGACGGCGAAGUCUACACAGACAACGAAGAGUUGGAAGAGCCCACCGAAGGCAUUGGAAGACACCGCAGUGCACUGGCCCGUUCCUCGGAGCCCACCACUGGGCAGAACCCAAGCCGUGAGCCUCCCUAUGACCCAGAAUCAUACCUGGAGGAAGAGCCUGAGUACACCUUGACCCCCUCUGAAGUACCUCCGAUCCUUCAUGUUCCAGAGACCCGAUCUUCACUCCUCACCUACAAUAGCCCCCAACAACAGGACGACAUCCCCUCCCAGCGCAGCUUCAGUGAUUCAGACUUCAGUACCACUGAGUUGGGCACACCACCAGCACCCUCCAACAUGCCACCCAACUUUAGGGCACCAGACCUCACAGAACUCGCUGCAGAUACCCCUCCACCACUGUCAGCCACAGAGGAGAAACUACGACGGGCCUAUAUGGCACAACCUGAAAGGAAGCCUUCUCCUUCAUUCAUAAUAUUUGCCCAUCAUGAAGCCAUACAAAUGAGGAGGAUGCAAAUCAGAGGAAGUGACAGUGACGAUAAUGAUGACGACAGAUAUGAUGAUGAUUAUGGUGACGAUGAUGAUGAAACUGAUGACACUGAAUGGGGACCAGCUACAGAGCUCUAAUACAUGGACAACACUAUCAUAGACCUCUCAUGUCUCUUAUUGGAGCUGUACCUUUACACAACCAUACUGAAAAGAACUAUAAAAAGCUUUUUUUUUUAAUGUUUCAGUGUUGUUGUUUUUUUAAUGAAUUAACUUUAUGGACUUUAUGUAGAUGAAGGUAAUCCUGAACUGAUUUAGAAGAUUUGUGAACAAUGCACUAGCAUCCUUUUGCACAUUUUGUUGCUGUAAUGGAUGUGCUGAGAUUUUCCUCAGGAUCAUUUCAAAAAGAAAUAUUGCCAGUUGUA